AUGGCUGCACAGGAGUUACGCUGGCUCACCUACCUGCUGAUUGACUUGGGAGAGAGGCCUCGUUCUCCUCCAGGGUGUUCCCCCUCCCCCUUUACCCCCUCCAACGCUUCUGCUGCUGCUGUUGACUUCCUUGGUGCUGAGGAGGUCGGCGCUGCUUCUGCUCCUAGUGGGAAGCGUCGCAGCGGCAAGGGCAGGGGUGGUGGUGGCGGGGGGGGGGGGGGGGGGGGGGGGGGGGGGGACGGUGGUGGAGGCGGCGGGGGUGGUGGAGGUGGCGGAGGUGGCAGUGGGAGUGGUGGCGGGAGUGGAGGCAUCGGUGGCGGCGGCCGCGGUAGUAGUGGGAGUGGAGGCGUCGGAGGUGGCGGUAGUGGGAGCGGUAGCGGCAGAGGCAGCAGCGGCGGUGGUGACGGCAGUGGGAGCGGUGGUGGCGGCAGUGGUGGCGGCUUGCUUAGGCGCGAUGUGGAUAUUUUUACUCUUGACUUUGAUGCUAUUCUUGCUGCCAUGUAUGCAUUGACUGUUAGUGCUGAGGGUGACUGUUACCUGUGUGUGCCGCCCGACCCAGGUAUAGCGGCUGCUGCUCUAGGUGCUAGUGAGUCUGCUCUCUCUGGUACUGUGCCUGCUGAGGCCUUGCACACCUUCACGUUUGACUCAGUUCUUGCACGUUCCACCACUGUUCUCCCGUGUCCGGCGGUUCCGUCCGGCUCGCUGUCAGGUCUCCACCUCCCCUUGUUCUCGACGAACUUGUGUGCGGAGCCUAGGGGUGCUGAGCCUGGGGGUGCUGAGCCUGAGGGUGCGGAGCCUAGGGAUGCUAAGCCUGGGGGUGCUGAGCCUGGGGGUACUGAGUCUGGGGGUGCUGCGCCUAGGGGUACUGCUUCUCUACUACGGGAGCCUCUCUCAUCGCAGCAGCUGUGCGAAUGGUACAUUCAACAGCUCCGCCUUCGGAGUGCUGCUGCUGGAGAGGGAGGCCUUGGAGCUGACAGUCCUGGAGGUGCUGGAGGUACUGCUGGUACUGGAGGUACCGGAGGAGCUGGAGCUGCUAGUCUUGGAGGUGCUCGUACUGGAGGUACUGGAGCUGCCGGGGCUGGUGGUGCUGGUGGUACUGGUGGUGCUGGUGGUGCUGACACUACUAGUCCUGGAGGUGCUCGUACUGGAGGUUCUGGAGGUACUCAAUCGCCGCAGCAGCUACGCGAGUGGUACGCUCAGCGCUGCCGCCUUCAGAGUGGCGCUGCGGGGGCUGGAGGCACUACGGCUGGAGACGCAGGAGCUGGAGGUACUGGAGCGGCCGGAGCUGGUGGUGCUGCGGACUCAGGAGCAAGAGGCACUAGAGCUAUAGGCACUGGAGCUGGUGACCCGGGAGCUGGAGGCCCUGGAGCUGGAGGUACUGGUGCUGGAGGUACUGGAGCUGCUGGAGGCCCUGGAGCUGCUGGAACUAGAUCUGGAGGUGCUGGUGCUGGAGGAGCUGGUGCUGGUGGUUCUUAG